AUGCCUUCCAGAGAAGAGAUUACAUACUGGGGUGCCGGCCCAGCUUUGCUGCCCACGGCUGUCCUCGAGGGCGCUGCCCAGGCCCUCGUGAACUUUGAUAACACUGGCCUCGGAAUUGCAGAACACUCGCAUCGCUCACAGAUUGCCAGCACCAUUAUCAACGAGGCCAAGGCGGAUCUCGCCUCUUUCCUGGACAUCCCCGACGACUAUGAGAUCUGCUUCCUGCAGGGCGGUGGAACAGGAGAAUUCGCUGCCACGGCCUACAACCUGGUCGGCUCAUGGAUUACCAACAAGCGCCGUGAGAUUUUCAGCCAGAUCAAGGACAACGAGGACCAGGGCACCCCGGAGGAGUUCCAGAAGCUCCAGGCGGCAGUGGACAACGACCUGAAGCUGGACUACAUCGUCACCGGAGGGUGGUCGCAGAAGGCGUCUCAAGAGGCGACGAGGCUCUUUGGAAAGGACAAGGUCAACAUCGUUGCCAGCGCCAAGCAAAGCAACGGCGGCAAAUUCGGAAUCAUCCCCGAUGAGAGCACCUGGAAGCUCUCCAAGGACGCGGCUCUUGUGUACUUUUGCUCCAACGAAACCGUCGACGGCGUGGAGUUCCAAGAGUUCCCUCAGAGCCUGGCCCCCGGCCCUGAUGGCAAGGGCCCCAUUGUCGUGGCGGAUAUGAGCUCAAACAUUCUGUCGCGAAAGGUUGACGUCAAGAAGUACUCGCUCAUCUUCUUUGGCGCACAGAAGAACCUUGGAUCUACCGGCAUCACUGUCGUCGUCAUUAAGAAGAGCCUGCUCGCUCCGCAAACUCCACAGCCUUCGGCGGAAAUUAUGAGACGCCUUGGUCUUCCUAUUCCUCCCAUUUUCUUGCAGUACGAUACCGUUGCCAGCAACAACAGCUUGUACAACACGCUUAGCAUCUUUGACGUUUACAUCGCCGGCCAAGUCCUCAAGAAGCUUCUGGCCACUUACCCUGAUAAAGCCAGCGGCCAGGAAGCCGUCUCUACCCAAAAGGCAAAGCUCAUCUACGACGCCCUGGAUGCUCACCCCAACGUGUACCGCGUAGUGCCCGAGAAGUCGGUCCGCUCCAGGAUGAACAUCUGCUUCAGAGUCACAAAGGGUGACAAUGUCGACGUCGCUGAAGCCGACUUCUUAAAGCAGGCCACAGCUCUGGGCCUCACUGGUCUCAAGGGCCACCGCAGCGUUGGAGGCAUUCGCGCCAGCUCGUACAAUUCUAUCCCUCUGGAGGGGGCUCAGAAGCUAGCCAAGUUCAUUGCGGACUUUGCAAACGCUGCGUAA